UCGCCCGUCGGGCCGAGCGAUGAAGCCUUUCCCAAACCUCAUUCAGUAUUCCAAAUUUGUACAGUUCACAUUUCCAAAUCCUAUACUCUUAAGUAAAUACUCUUGUAAAAAUUCUAAAUUUUAGAUACUACACUUAACAAGAUAAGAGAUAUCACAAUACUUGACAAAUGUUUUAGCUAUUUUUUGGACAACAGAUUUGUUAUAUAUAUAUAUUUCUUUUCGGUGAUUUCACGCAAUUGUAAACGUUUUCCGAGCCAUGCAACGCCCACCCAAAUCCCUGAUCGUCGACUGCUUAAGGCGGCCGCACCUGAGCCUGCAGAGCGUCAUCCGUGGCUGGCGCAGUCUUCGCAGGACCUUUGCCUCUGACUCCUUCAGCGACCGAGGCGGCCAGGGCGGUGGUAGUGGCAGGGGCUACGACCGCGGUGCGGGCGGCAGCGGUGGCGCGCCACGAGCCAGUGCCACGUCGAUAGUGUCUGGCGAUCCGAGCACACGUUACUACACCCGGGGCAACGUGGGCGCGCUGGAGCGCAGGAUCAACCGCGAGGACAACAUGUGGCGGGAACGCGGCUACGUGGACACUAAGUGGCUCAAUCCCCGCGAUCCUGCCGCCUACCGCCCCAACUUCCGGCCCACAGAGCCCGUAUCUCUGCGGAAGCAGUUCAUGCGCAGUCCGGACGAGAUCUCCCGCGAGGUCAUGGGCCGCGACUGGGAGCGGGCAGUCAAGGACUACCGCCGCUCGGUUCUAACCAGCGGCAACGCCGCCCUGCGCACCCCCUUGGGCGAAGGCGGCGUCUACAGCGGGAGCGACAGCGACAGGGACAGCGACAGAGACGGAGGCAGAGCCGGCGCUAGCGGCAGGGGCGUCCGAGAGCGGCCGCGCAAGACCUGGAUGCUAGCGGACCAUACACUGCAGCACAUGCAGCAGCGGAUGACGAAGCAAAUUAAGCGGGAGCAGGACCGCCAGCUGACAGUGUGGCAGCAGAGGCAGAUGAUGCUCCAGCAGGAGGAAAAGGAGCAGAUGGAGAACCCGCAGCGGCUACAGUGGGCCAGGACUCCGGACACCUCUCAUGAUCAGUAGUCGGGAUGCGGCGUGGUCGAUUACCCUUCCAGGCGUACCCUUCCUUCCUUGAACAUGCCCGGCCGAACCAAUCGCAUCUAGCGUCUAAAUAGAGUUCAAGCACGGGCGUAGUUAGUUUUGUUGAGUUUUGGGUGACUUUACUCGAGACGAAUCUGUCGUCAAAACACCUCCAUCGCAAACACAACUUGAAUGUAAACAAAAAAAUUUAUGAGUCUACUUCUAUUUGGUCUUAAUGAUAAACUCACUCAUCGCUAGA